AUGCCUCCACGCCUGUCAUCCCCCGGUUUCUCCACUUUCAUUGCAUUCAACUCAUGUGCCCGUCAGACUCUCGGUGUUCAAACUGCGCCUCCUAAGAAUCCGUAUGAGGUACUCGGCGUAAAACCCGAUGCGACACCAGCCGAGAUAAAGAAAACGUAUUUUGCGUUGGCUAGGAAAUAUCACCCCGACACGAACAAAGACAAAGGCGCUAGAGAUAAAUUUGUUGAAAUACAAGACGCUUAUGAUAUCUUGAAAGAUGAGAAGAAGAGGGAGGCCUACGACCAGUACGGGGCAGCCUCGCAACAGCCCGGAUUUGACCCUAAUGGAUACGGAUUUGGUGGUGGUGGUGGAUUUAGUGCAGGGGGUUGGCCUUUUGGGCCUGGUGGACCUCAGGGUAGACCAGGUUCAAAUUUCUUCGACGAGCUUUUCCAGUCUUUUGCUGGCGGUGGUUCGUUUGGAGCAGGCCCGAGGGCACGCGCGAACCAAAACUUACGAGGACAGGACAUUGAAGCUGAAUUAUCUGUUAGUUUCCUCGAUGCUUGCAAAGGAACUAAGAAGAAGGUUACAAUCACACCUGUUGUCGACUGCAAGCCAUGUUCUGCCUCUGGCCUCAAAAGCGGUAUCAAGAAAACUACAUGCUCCGCCUGCGGUGGCAGCGGUACCCGCACUUUUGCUUUAGACAAUGGUUUCCAAAUGGCAAGCACGUGCAACGUGUGCAAGGGCGCCGGCAAUUCUAUUCCUCGAGGAGGCGAGUGUUCAACUUGUGGAGGUGUGGGCAAGGUGCGCACUAAAGAGGAUUUGACCAUUAAUGUUCCAAGCGGUGCCGAAGAGGGGACCACAAUUCGCGUCUCACAGGCUGGAGACUCGCCUAUAGCAGGCAAAGGGCAAAGGGGUGACCUGUUCGUCCGAUUAUCAGUUGCACCGUCCCCCGUUUUUUCAAGGCAAGGUGCAAACUUGUCUUAUCAUGCCCGAAUUCCUUUCCAUAGAGCUCUUCUGGGCGGAAUUGUGCGAGUUCCUACUCUAGACGGAGAGGUUGAUGUUCGCAUACCUGGAGGUACUCAGCAGGGAGAGGAAAUGGUUCUCAAAGGCCGUGGCGUAUCCUAUCUGAACGGAAAGGGCACCGGGGACCUGUUCGUCAAAUUCAAUCUGCAACUACCACGGUCUCUAACGGCACGGCAAAGGUCGCUUCUCGAAGCUUACGCUGAUGAUGUUGAGGGUAAGGCCCCUAGCAAGACCGAGAAAGGCUCGAAAGAACCAUUAUCAGCUGACAACGAUGCUUCACAAACUCCGAAGAGUACUGCCGACAAAACACAUGAUACCGACACUUCGUCUACAUCUUCUGAGGCUGACUCUGAAGUAACCGGCCCCACCGAGAAGAAGGAUGAAGGAAAGCGAGCCACCGGAUGA